GGUCACGCACGUGUUUUUCCGGUGACACGUGACAUAAACAAACGGCACGCGGCGGGUGUACGUGUAUGUGUGUUGGGUUAAGUCCGGUACAAAUUCCCAGAACACCUGAUUGUGAGUCUUACCGGUAACAAACGGAUCCCGGAUGUUGGAGAAGCGGUUAGCAUGGUGAAGUGUGUGGUUUCUGGGUGUCCGAACCGCGUAGCUCACUACACCCGGGGGGCCUUCCAGCCACCCCCCAAGAGGUUCUUCAACUUCCCCAAAGACCCGACCCGGGUCCAGCAUAUGGGGUGAUCGGGUCCAACUGACCUGCAGUAACUCUGGUGGCUGUGCUCAGGUUUGGCUGGCCGCUCUGAGGGAGACGCACAGGGAGGACUCUGGAGAGGAGCUCUUAAUCUGUGAAGACCACUUCCUGCCGGAGGACAUCUGCAGAAAGGGAGUCACCAGUGAUGCCAUUCCCCUCAUGCCCCCUUACCUGGAUGGGCGGCUGGGUCUGCUCAGCGCCUGGGAGGUUGAUUCCUCCGAGGAAGACGAGCAGUGGCACGCCGGAGGCUGCAGUAACGACAGAGAGGAAGAUGAAUUUAGAGAGGAACGUCCGACUGCACCGAAUCCACGGCAGCAGGAUCCAGGCUUGGAUUUGGACGAUCCUGCCGAGGCUGACAAUGUCAGUGCUUCCCUCCAGCAGAGCAGCGAGCACGGCAAACCUCUGGGCUCGUUGACUCGCGGUUUCCUGGAGCUGCUGCUGGCAGCUCCUGACGGCUCCCUGGACGUCAGGCUGGUGGCCGCGAACCUGCAGACCUCCGUGCAACAAGUGCACAACAUCGCCAGGGUCCUGGACGGCAUCAGCCUCAUCCAGAGAGAGUCGGCCCACAAGAUCAAGUGGAUAGGUUGGAGCUCCAUCUCCAGCUUCCUGUGGAGGAACCAGCAGAUGUUCCAUAGAGAGAUUCAGAAGCUGAAGCUGGUGGAGGAAGCGCUGGACGGCUUCAUCAGAACCUGUGCCCAGCAGCUUUUCAGCCUUACGGACGACGUGGAAAACUCUUCGCUUGCCUAUGUGACAUUCAAGGACAUCAGUCGACUUGGAGUCUUCCGGGAUCAGACGGCCAUCAUUGUCAAAGCUCCUGAGGACACUAAGCUGGACGUUCCUGCUCCCACAGAGGAGUGUGUUGAACUCCGGCUGAAGGCAGUGAAAGGUCCCAUCUUGGUGAUGACCUGUGAGGUUGGCUCUGACGAUGCUGUGACCUCUGACCCUACGCAGAGGAUUACCUCGUUUUUAACUCUGAAUGAGAGCCGCAUCAGGACGACGGCGCUGCACGAAAGGUCACUCACUGACCUGGAGAGCUCAUGAACACCAGCUGACCUCCAGGGGGCGCCGGCCUGUUGCUGCAUGUGUCUGAUAAAUGCACAUGGGGAGAACAUGAGGAGGUACCUGCUGACGGUGGCUCACUUUAACUUGCGCUCAAUGAUGUGACGACAUGACAGCAGCAAGCUCCUCCUUCCAGAGGAAACAGUCUGAGCACAGGAAAGGGAAAAAAAAGACCAAUGAAAUGGCUUUAACCUGCUGAGCUCAGUCUGAUGCACAGUGCCUGUAUUUCACUGCUUGUCUUUCUGUUCUUUGCUUUGGUUUUUAAUGUAUAAAUGUUUACUUCUUCAUCUCACAAAUACCUCAAAUAUACUUGGACCAAUAAAGUUUUACUUAAAGUUGUGAA